AAAGCCAUCAGGCAGCUGCUGUAAGAGGGAAGCCUCUCCUCACUGCGGAUCUCCUUUCCUCUGCUCGCCUCUCAACCGGACCGGUCUGGACCACAAUACCCACCCCCUCUCUGCAGCUCCGUCGGGCGGACACGGUUUGUGUGCGGCAGUGAAGAGGAGGCGACCUGGGGUGGGGAGUGUAGGGAGGUGGGUGGGGGGUGCAGAUUUCUGUGCUACUGUUUGGUCCUCAAGGGGAGGAGCCAGUUGUCGAUUCUACGCUUGCGAGGAGAGAAGGCGCCGUGCAGAGAGCCGUGGCCUCACUGCUUGUCUGGGCUAUAUGACGAACUGGCCAUGGUUGAAGGACUGCUAACAGUGGAGAAAAAGCCUAAAAUGAUGAACAACAGUCGACCAGUUCAGGACUAAUUCAGACUUCUGUGUGGGUGGAGGAGGAAGACCGAGGAGAGACAAAGUAAACCACAUGAUCAGGCCUCGGAAAGGCUCCAAAACGGUGAUGUUCCCCUCAGGCAGGGAUUACCUCCUCCCCGUCGUCUCUCUCUCCAUCUCACCCACUCACCCUCCCUCAUACAACAGAGCAGCCGUCCAGCUCCAAGACUCUGAGCCGUGAGAGCGCACUGUGCUCGCCCACCCGCACACAAACACACACGUACUCUAACAUCGCUUUUGCAUCCUGCUCAUGGUCGUUGGCCUGUUCUCCUCAGCUGCUGCUCCCGCUCUAGUUCUAGACCAUGAAGAGGCCCAAGCAGCAGACUGGGCCCUUGAGCUUCCUAAAUUUCUUCAGCCGAAAGCCCAAAUCAGAGCCAAGGGCGGAGAGGCCUGUGGAAGCCUGUCCCAAAGAGGAGGUGGCCAUUACCCUGACCCCAAGCGAGCAUCCAGAACAGGACCUCACAGCAGAAGAGGCUGGAGAAUCAAGAGUUUCUGGAGCAGAAAAAGGAGAAGGAGGAGGUCCGCCAGCAUCACUGGCUGAGGUGGGCGAGAACAGCGCUGCCACAGUCGAGUGCGUGGGUGGGGUCAGCCGGGUGUCCACCGAUGUCCUGUCCCUCUCCUCCUCCAGCCAGGACCAGCUAUUGGACGAACACCUAGAAGAAUGCCCACUGUGCCUGCUCAGUCAACCGCGCUGCCACUUCCCACGACUCACCUCCUGUUCUCACAGGGCAUGCUCUGACUGCCUACGCCAGUACUUGCGUAUUGAGAUAUCGGAGAGUCGGGUGGGCAUCGCGUGCCCGCAGUGCCCGGAAACACUGGCACCUCUGGAUGUUCGUGCCAUUCUGGAUGAUCGGGCAUUGCUGGAAAGGUUUGAGGAGUACCAGUUGAGGCGUUUUCUGGCUUCUGAUCCAGAUACACGCUGGUGCCCUGCGCCUGACUGCAGCUAUGCUGUGAUAGCUUACGGCUGUGCAGAGUGUCCCAAGCUGAGCUGUGGCCGUGAGGGAUGUGACACAGAGUUCUGCUACCACUGUCGGCAGCUGUGGCACCCCAACCAGACGUGCGACCAGGCCCGGCGUCAGCGAGCCCGCCACACCUCAGGCGGCAACGAUGCCUCUACACUGUACGUCUUCAAUGAAGAACCUGGAGGAGAUGCAGAGGAAAUCAAAGCAUGCCCUCGCUGUGGUGCCUACAUCAUGAAGACCAAUGAUGGCAGCUGUAACCGUAUGAACUGCACUGUGUGUGCCUGUCAGUUCUGCUGGCUGUGUAUGCAGGAGAUUACUGACGUGCACUACCUCAGUCCCUCAGGAUGUACAUUCUGGGGGAAGAAGCCAUGGUCUCAAACCCGCAAGGUACUGUGGCAGGUGGGCAUGUUGCUCGGAGCACCUGUGGUCAUCUCUCUUAUAGCAGGCAUCGCCAUCCCAGUCAUCAUUGUGGGGAUACCAAUCUACAUGGGCCGCAAGGUCCAUGGUCGUUGUAAGAAAAACAAUAUCUCAGGAAGUAAGCACUACUUGACUGUGGCAAGUGGGGUGAUGAUGUCAGUGUUUGUGUCGCCGGUCAUAGCAGCUGUCACUGUGGGUGUGGGUGUACCGCUAAUGCUGACUUAUGUCUAUGGGGUCGUUCCCAUGUCACUCUGUAGGAACGGUUGGUGUCGACCGCAGAGUGAGCCCCCUGAAACACACAAAAUCCAGCUGGAAGACUUAGCCAACUAUCUUCUAUUCUCUCAUGUAGUCAGUGAUCACUGGACGGGUCAGAACAACCCAGCACUCAACAACACCAGCGUCCAAGAAGUUCGAGUCAGUGUACAGGAAGUAGGCGACCUCCCAAGUACGAGCACCACACCACCAGAGCCAGAUAGAUAUGCGGGAUUGGAUGAAGCCACAAAACGCCAUGGAUACACCCAGCAGGACAGCCAGUCUGACUGCAAGGUGGUUAUUGUGCCUGAUAACAAGACUGAUGAGAUGCAAAUGAUUCCUUUAAGGGAAAGAACGAAUAUUGAGGUUCGCGUUGAAAUUGAGACCCACCCCAGGGGCGCCCGCCAGUCCAGCCUAAGUAGCAUCCUGUCUAGCCGCAGCUUGUCAGCGGAGUCACUGGGACAGCCGCAGCCCCAGUCCCAAGACUACCUGUGUGCCUCAGAACGAGAAGAGAGAGGGGGAGAAGGAAGAGGAGGAGGAGAGGAGCAGGAAGGACGAGAGAAACCAGGAGGGGAAACGGGAGAAGACGAAGGGACAGUUUUCCCAGUCUUUGAAACGGACGGUGUGUGAGGUUCUUCAAUGCAGGUGUUGUGCUUGGUUGAAGAUUUCGUCAGGUUUUAUGGAUGUACACUAAUCCAUCACCUGACAUUGGAUUGACCUGAGAAUAGUUGGCAAAGGUCACCUUCUGCUUCCAAGAUGGGCCCUCCAACCAGAUGCCUUGUAGCUGCACCCUCUGAGGAAGAUGCGGGUUUAGAAAUAAAGAUGAGAGUGUGUGUUUGAGUGUGUGUGUAUGAGACAAAAAGCAUGAGGCUAUGAUAUUUUAAAAAACCCAGGAGGGCUAUAUACUGUAAAGCAGACAGGAGAGCAUGUUAGCCGACUAGUCCAGUCUGGUUUUUUUUUCUAUGUUGUCCUUUCUAAAAGAAACUACCUUUCUCUCCCUCUUGUUUAAGUCUAUUUCAUGAAGUCCUCCCCUUCAUCUGGCUCUGCUCUUUCAGCGAUCUUGCCUUCCUCACCCUUUACAAAUUCAGAGACCACCAGAAGCAUGAAUUGUUUUAUGGGGGACUAAGACUCUAACAAAUAUCCUGUCAGUGACUUGAUGUAAACAUUUUCCCAAAACAUGCUGCAAAACAGGAUGAUUUUUUCUUUUGUUUUAAUCUAAAUGGGUAUUUCAAGCAUCUUAUGAUGCAGUGUUCACACAUGAAUUGGGCAACCUUAAACAGAUGAUGCAUGCUGCACUGUUCGAUUACGCUUCUGUCAAAGAAGUCUAGUGGAAGAUUAAAUUUGAAACGAAAGCCUCUAACUGCUAUUUUUUAUUGGAUUCAGGGGUGCUCUGUGACAAUGUGCCAGUGACUAGAGGGCUUCUAAAUACCAAGAAUUAUGAUUUAUCACAGAUCCAGUCUUCCAUGAAAACAGGUGGAGGCGGGGUCAGAGGGUUUUUUUUGCACUGUUUCAGUGCAGCUUUCAGCUUUCAAGAAGCUGUUUCUGUUUUUUAAACUGAAGAGGGAGACGAUUCUUUAGUUUGUAAAAAUGCUCACUCUGAUGCAGGACGACGCGGGAGCGACACAACCUUCUUGAAUUUUAAAACGCUGCAUGGUUCUCCAACUUGCUGUAUCCAGAAUAACAACACAUUAACACAUGCAGAUUGGCACAUACUCACAUGAUCACAUGCAAAGCAGUCAGUGUAGUUGCAGUAGUGUGCGCUGCUCAGAGCAUUAAAUAUAAACUAAAGACUCUCUCAAAUGACCACAGAGCACCGAAAUUACUACAACAGCAGCAUGCCACCGCAGGCUAAACCGUAAUAACCCAUUCUAGAUGAUUUGUGAGAAAUCCAUGACUAUACAGUAUACGCACUGCUUAGCUUCCUGAGUGUGAAAUACUUGUGAGAUGAGCUUAGACUUAAAAUGAGAAGUUAUAAUCUGUGCUGGGUUGUGGAGAGAAUUUAAAUAAAUAUUUCACCAUGAAGGAAAAAAACUAACUUCACGUUC